AAUGAAAGAUACAUCGGUUACUUGUAGACUUCAAACACAAACCACUUAAAAAGGUGGAUUUGAUUAAUUAACAAACACGUUAAUGGAGUUUCAGUAAACCAAGUUACUAAUAAAAAGUUCUAUCAACACUUCCCCUUCUUCCCCGCGUUGUGUGUCACGUUCCCCACCUCUCCAUUAUCUCUUCCUCUCCUUUUUCAUUUUCUUUGUGGUUUCUUCUCUCAGAAAAAAGACAAGACAAUGCCUAUUUCUUCAGAGCCUUCUUCAACAACAAUCGGCCAUCACAUCAGACUCCGACCAAGAAACCCCCCGCCAUUUGCCACCGCCGAGGAGCCUCUAGUUCCAAAACCUAGCCGCAUCUGCAAAUCCGCCAUGUCUUCCUUCUUCCUCUUACCAUCAUCAUCAUCAUCAUCAUCCUCCUCUAACGAAACCACAAAGAAGACAACGUCGCCGUUUCGCGGGCUCGGCUGCACCUCCUCCGCAUCUCAGCAGGUUUCCGCACCGGCGGUGAUCCGCUCCUCCGCGGAUUGGAACCCGAGAAAGACCAAGAGCAAGAACAAGAACAGGGGUACUAGUCGCUACAGUGGCGGUUCGGUUAAGAUCUUGACCGAGGUAGGAGAUGGAGGAAACGCUUGUGGAGCAAGUCCUGAUGUUUGGUGCGGACCUGGUGUUGGGUUCUCGACGGACGCGGUGGUCGGCGGCUCGAUUAACCCCGUCGAAGCAAAUCCUCCUAGGAGGAAUAUUCCGGCGAGACGCAAGAUCGACGGUGAUAAGAACUAUAGUAGCACUAGUCACAACUCUAAUCAGACAGAGGGUUCUUCUGUUCCUCCUAGGCGAUCUCAUAAUCAAGAAGCCAAUCCUUACUUUGACUCUGAUUUGACAUCGCGGGGUGAACAGACGCAGACCCUUUUCUCUGAUAGAUAUCAUCGUCAUAUACGACAACCUUACCCUAAUGGUCUCUCCGAGAUGGUGUUGCUACAGAAUGGGCUUGUAAUGGGAGGGACACUUAGUUCUUACGAUCACUUCCGUGACUUGAGACUCAACGUCGAUGGCAUGUCAUACGAGCAACUUUUGGAGCUUGGAGAUAAAAUUGGGUAUGUGAACACUGGACUUAAUGAAAAACAGAUCAAAACCUGUCUCUGGAAAGUCAAACCCUUCAACAAAGCUACGCCACUAGAAGAUAAAAAGUGUAGUAUUUGUCAAGAAGAGUAUGAGGCAAAGGAUGAGGUAGGGAAACUACCAUGUGGGCACAGAUACCAUAUCAUCUGUGUGAAACAAUGGUUGCUGAGGAAAAACUCCUGUCCUGUCUGUAAAACGAUGCCAUGUUUUUCAAAGUCUUAGAUAGAUUACAUCUCUUCUUUUGAUGAUAUGAUUCUUGAUUUCGUGAUUGAACACCAAUCACUCUAUUUUAUGUUAGAUUCUUUAUUUUCUCUGGAUUUAAUUAAUGAUUUGAUAUUUUA